UUGUAAGAAAUAUAAGUUUUCGUUUAACAAGUUUAUUUUAAAUGAAAUAAACCAAUAUAUUCAAAAAUUGCCUAAUAUUAGUGCCAAAAGAAGAACCAUCCCUAUCUUCACUCAAUACUCAGAUCGGCCCUGUCAAAACCAUCUGUCACUGGCUAUGAAGUCAAAUGCGGGCAUAUUGCAAACUUGUUCUCAUUUAUAAACAAUCGCAAUGAUUUUGCGCAAUACGCGUGCAAACCUACUGUGAAAUAAAAUCAUCGCAGAAGGUGCGGACUACUACCCGCGAAUGGUCUCCGUAAAAGGCAACAAUAAUCACAAUGUACUGAAUGGGAAAUCUGUGCGGCUUCCAAUUAUAACAAAAAAUUGCCAAUCAGUUGAUAUCCCCAUGGCCUACGAUAUAAAGUGGAUUAUACCAGCACUUCGCAAACCAUCCAACCUGUGGAGGCUGGCCAGUACUCUCACGGUGGUGGCUGUGGGACUCUUUAGCAAACUAUUGAUCAGUGAGUAUAUAGAAUGGUUAAACAAGCCUAAGAUUCACAACAGGCAGGUGAUAGCUAGUUUGUUAGAUAAACGUCCGAAAUCGUUGCCUUUAGUGACCAUAUCAAAUCACCAUUCCUGUUUCGAUGAUCCUGGACUUUGGGGAACAUUAAAAUUUAAACACCUGAUUAGUCACUCGACGAUGCGUUGGUCUCUGGCCGCUCACGAUAUCUGUUUCACUUGCCCGCAACACUCGUAUUUCUUCAGCUUGGGCAAGUGCGUGCCUGUGGUCAGAGGCGCGGGUGUCUACCAGGACGCCGUAGAUUUUAUGAUAGAGCGCCUAGGCAAGGGCGACUGGGUCCAUAUAUUCCCCGAAGGUAAGGUAAACAUGACAAAGGAAAAUAUACGGUUCAAGUGGGGCGUGGGUCGCAUGAUCUUCGAAGCGCCGGUCACGCCUCUCGUCGUGCCCAUAUGGCACAUCGGGAUGGACGACGUGCUCCCCAACGAGCCCCCCUAUGUGCUGAGGUUGGGCAAACGCCUGACCUUCAACUAUGGCGAUCCUAUUGACCUCUCGGACAUGGUGCGGGGGCUGAAGGAGGCGAAAGCGUCGGAUGAGCACGCGCGCAAGCGCAUCACCGACUACCUGCAGGACAAGAUGCUGGCGCUCAAGGCGCAGACCGAAGUGUUGCACGCCGAAACGUUAUGAUGAUGGCGUCUCCGGCGGUAGGGUUUGGGCAAUUCUGGGUUCGGUGGGCUUUCUGGAUGGUAGUUUGAGAUUUGUACGCCUUUUACCGGGUUUUCCCAACUUUUAAUGAUUAUUGAGAAACUCGGCAACGUCGUGAUCUGCCGAGCGCGUUCUCCAAGGGACUCGGUUUUUAUUGUUUUAUUUUAUUAUUGUUUAUUGACUCCGUUUUAACAUUUUAAAUUUGUACUAUGCUGGGUUUCGAAUUCAACCCUCAACAUUGGAAAACGUCGGAAACGAACCCCCAAAAAGUUGAAGUUGCUUCCGAAAAUAUAGCGAAAAAACUAAAAUGCCUGGUUUUUGAUUUAAUUUUUUACCAGUUCAUUUCAUUGGAGCUGCCUGGGCCUCACCUUUUCAUUUAUUUUAUUGCAGUUUUGAAUAGUAUCGCAACUUUACCCUAAUUUAAGUGAUCUGUUUCUGUAUGCUUGAGUAUAUCUUCCAGUUUCCGAGAUUUUAAUGUUAAGAUUCGAAUUAGGCACACCCGAUUUAAAUUAACAAAUAUUUUUAGAAGUUCAAUCCACGUUUUUAAUAAUAGCUGUUUGCUUUUUCCUUGUCUUCCGGGUAACAUCGGACCCAUUCAAACGCAAACAGAAUGAAAUGCCUUUAAAAUUUUUUAGUUAUCGACGACAUUCAGCGAUACAUGGCAAUGCAUUGAUGGGUUGUCUGUUCUGAGAGUGUCUCCGUGUUGUCAGAUCACGCGCGUCUGAUUUCAAACUACCACCGACCUUUGUGGGUAGGAGAUCGUCGGGGGUAAAAUAAAAAUGUGCGGGCAGGUAUAGUAGGUAUAGUAUAUUAUAGCAACUGGGAGUGCAGGGAGUGUUGAUAUGGGUAAAAAUCUGUGAUUUUUAGAUAGAUAGCAGAGGUUUGACAGGGCCUAAAAAAGUCGACGGGAGAUGCAAUCAAUGUCAGUUGUGGAGCGAAAUACCCUUGUUUUGCAUCUGCCGUCCACUAGCGUAUUGUUUGUUAGUUUGGACAACCAGAAGACCCGCGUAAGUUCGACGUUUUCCAAAACACCCCGUAUAAAUAUAACCAAGGCAAAACAUAUUUUAUGAUUUCUUACCCUUUAACUUGACAAGACAGGUCUGAACUUUAGCCAUACUCGCGUGCGAUAGUUCUUUUUUGAUUCAGCCAUCCUGUAUGUAUUUAUAAUUUAUAGCUCAGCCGUUCAGUAUAAAACAAAGAUAUGUUUAUUAAUCAUUAUCCGUAUUGAUAACGAGAGUUUUCAACAUGAAACGAGCGUUGACAUGUGCUAGUCAUAGGGGUAAUUUAUUAGGAUUUUUUGUUGGUACUGUUGUCUUGUUGUUUGGUGUUCUGUGACGCGAUAAACGUCGUUACGUAUUUCUGAAUCGCGCGUUUACUGCUUAAUUUGAGGUUAGGUAUGUUCGACUACACCCACGAAGAUGGGUUUCUUACAUUUUCUCGCGUGCAGUACAUAGUCUUCUGCAACGCCAAUGUCUUUCAUAUUCUUCCGAAGACAAAAAAUAAUAAAUAUUGCGCAUAUAGGGUAUUUUUUUAAACGGGCUAGGCGAAUUUGAUAUCGACAAUAGUUUCGUUUUGUUGACUAAUUUUUAAGGAUAACGAUCAAAGCUCUAUUCCAUUAUUGUUAGUAUUAGAUAUAUAUCGGCUAGUUUUUUUAUUUGUUUUUACCGUUUUUGUUAUCCAGUUUGAAAAAAAAUUGACCCAAUCAUAUAUUAUAACUUUAUUUUCCCAAAAUAAAGAUUUUUAUCAUUU